UCAUCGGCAAAACUUAGAGAUGCAGCAGACACUGGAAUCGCUAAACCAUGGCUUUCUCUCAACACCCUCCGCACCGUCAUCCAGCUCGUCUCUAUCCUUACCUUUGCCGCACUACUGGUCCCGUACACACAGUACUCUCGAGCGAAGAAGGCGAUCGAGCACGAAACCUGCAAGACGGAUUGUCACCGCCUCUGCGAAAGCAAUCUCGCUCGAUGUGACGCCAAUGCCGCUCGCAAUUUCAGCCUCCGUGGCGGUGUCUUGGGAUUGAGCUGGCUGGAGAUCAUGGCAAUCAUGGUAGCUGGGUUUGCGUGGCAGUAUCUGAUCUGGUCCUUUCAAGGCUUGCUUGCCGUCAGAAUGUAUUUCAUCAAGAACGGAAGCGAGGUG